AGUUUGGGCUGGACGCUAGCGGUAGCGGCCGCCCCUUAGGGGCGGGAGGGGUGUGUUCUCCGCUUCGGGAGAUGCCAUUGGGGACAGCUGAAGGGGGCGGGGUGGGACGGGAGGAAAUCAGCGUGACAGCUCCACCUGAGGGAGGGGGCCUGCCGGAGAUUCGGGCCGAGCCGGGCCAAGGCCCAGUAGGGAGGGCGGGAGGUGACGCUGACCGGGCACCGGUGGGGUGAGGGGGGGCUGAGGGCGGAGGGCGCCUGCGAGGUCCUGGCCGACUGCGUGCGUGCGGGGCAGGGGAGGAAGGGAAGGGGCAGGCAGGCAAGCACAGGCUGGGCUGGCUCCUGCUCCCCGAGACCCCAUUUGGACCCCAGCCAUACCCCGCGGACAAUGGGAGAAGUGGAGAUCUCGGCCCGGGCCUACGUGAAGAUGUGCCUCCACGCUGCCCGCUACCCGCACGCAGCUGUCAACGGGCUGCUGCUGGCCCAGGCGCCCCAGGCGGGAGGCUGCUUGUGCCUCAGUGACUGUGUGCCUCUCUUCCACAGCCACCUGGCCCUUUCCGUCAUGCUGGAGGUCGCCCUUAACCAGGUAGAUGUGUGGGGUGCCCAGGGCAGUUUGGUGGUAGCUGGAUACUACCAUGCCAAUGCAUCGAUGAAUGACCACAGUCCUGGUCCCCUUGCCCUGAAAAUUGCUGGACGAAUUGCUGAAUUUUUCCCUGGUGCAGUACUCAUCAUGUUGGACAAUCGGAAACUGGUACCACAGCCUCGAGUGCCACCUAUCAUUGUCUUGGAGACUCGUGAUCGACGCUGGGUCCCCAAAGACAAGAACCUGGUGAUGUGGCGGGAUUGGGAAGAAUCAAGGCAGCUUCUUCGGGCACUGCUUGAAGGUGGCGCCCACCAGCUUCUUGUUGACUUUGAUGCUCACCUUGAUGACAUCCGUCGUGACUGGACCAAUCAACAGCUCAAUACUGAAAUUUCCCAGUGGGUUGCUGCUGCCAAUGGGAGUGCCUGAGUUGUGCCAUAGUGGCUAGAACCUUAAAUAAAAAGACUGGGGAGUGGUGUGACAAAAUUUAUUGGUGCCUAGAAGGCAAGGUAUGGAUAAGAGGGGAAGUUCUAAAUGGAAGCUGGACAGAUGAUCCUAGUUAAGAGGUGAUGGAGAAGGGAGGCAGGCUCCAUUUUUCAAUAGAUCAUUCCUUUUGUGUCUCCCCUGGGCUUCUUGAUCUUCUCAAAGUUCUUCAGGAUGAUAUCAUAUAAGACAGCCUGUAUGCCCGAAUAAGAAGGGAGUGGGAGUUAUUCUCAGUAGAGGCUCUUUAAUGGCUUCCUAAUCUGACUAGAAGUUUAUUUUCAUUUCUUCUCUCCCACCCCUCCUAGGGUAUACCUCAUGAGCCACUUGUCCUGAAACUAAUGUUUGCCUCCACAACAACCUUCCCUACUUUUGCCUCUGCUCUUCCACCAAGCAAAUUUCAGGGUCUAGUUCCUUACAUAAGUAUUUCGGAUCUCCAUGACCAUCAGUCUUGUCUCUCCAUACUGUGCUUCAUCCAAUUCAUGAACCAGCUGUCGGAAGUCACCCUGUGGAGAGCAGGAUUAGUUCCUCACGCUGGCCUUAUCUAAUGCCCAUCCUACCCUUCCCGGGGGCUUCCCUCUGAAUUAUGCCUCCCUGCCCUCUCUGGACCUGCUUCCUCACUUACCACAUGUGGCUGCUUUGCUGCUUUAGCCACUGCAUCACCCCUUUCAGAGAAGUACCUAAUGAGGAGUGAGAAAAGUUAUGGGGUGGAUGGGAAAGUAAUGUUCCUUAUGAGAGAUGAGCAAAGGAGACCUUAAAAAAAAAGAAACCAAAAUGGUAGCACCUAAUAUGAGAGUAGAGGGCAAGAGCUAGAAUUUGAGCCAGUAACUAUUAAGAUGGGGCGAGAUAUAUAUGUGAGCCUGGAUCACUUACUUGGAGAUCUGGGUUUGGAAGCCAUCUAGCUUAGUUCUGAGUGUAGUCAUCAGCUCAAAUACCUUUUCCUAUGGAAAAGAAAGGCAGGAAAGAGAUGAGAUAAAGCAUGGCUCCAAAGCAGGAUCAAGGUAAGGUGUUUAGGGUGGGGCAGUAUAUAAGGCAGGGUCAUCACCUGGACAGCUACUCCAAAGUUGUUUCCAUCCUCAAUUCGGGGCACCUGUAGCUGCAGCCACAUGGAAACCUGGGAAAAACAAGGUUAGAGACAACUUGACUCUGCUCCCCAACCCCAUUUCCUUUUCCAAAUCUUCAGCCUUCCUUAUCACCCCACUUCUACCAUCUAAGCCUCAGGCCAUAUCCCCUCAUAUCACUUGCCACAAUCCAAUCUCCCUUUUUCUACUCUGACAAGGCACUGUAUUCUGAUUGAUAGGGUACCUUACCAACUGGUAAGGCAAAAGGCAGCUGUUGUGGAUAAGGUGGUUCUCUAGUGGCCAGGCCUCAUCCAACUCCUGCCAGAGAGCUAUGUGAGGGCUGAGGCUUACCAGGUUGAGCUGUUCUUUCACAUCUUUGAUCUCUGGCUUCAACCGCCCCAGAAGGGCCACAAUCUUCUCAUUGCAGAUUACAGGCCCACAAGGAGGACCUGGGGAAAUAUACCAUAAACCAAAAACUCAAGUGGGUGAAGGCAGCUGGCUCUGGGGAGGAUCCCAUGGGGAUGAUGUGUCAAUUAGGGAACCAGGAUGUAAGCCCCCAUCCCGUGACCCCCUAUUACCUUUAUCUUCAUCAUCUUCUUUUUUCUUUCCUUCCUUAUCCUUCUGCAGAAGGAGAGUAGUCACAUGAAGUCAAGCCCUAAGCACUCAUAUAUUUCCAACCCUAGCCCCAUUUUGUUCCCCCUUACCUCUUCUUGUUUCCGACGCUCUUCCUUCUCUUUUUCUUUGGCUGGGUCAGGGACUGGGAUAUCCAGGGGGGCCUUUAGGAGACUCAAAUCAUCCUCAUUCAGAGAUGGGUCCUAAAACAUGGCAGGGAGAAAGGGUAGCAGUAAAUGUCUUCUCUUUCAAUAUUCCUUAUCUUUCAAUUUUUCCUUCUUUUCCGUGAUAAUUAGUCUCCCUUUUCUCAACCUUUGCCUCCUCCCCAACCCCAGUACCUUCAAGAACUCAUCCAGCUCUGAAAUCUUUGCAGGGAAAUAGGUUCCAAGUAGGAUUUCUGCCUGUGUAUGAGGUAGGGGGUAAGGGAUGGGUGUCAGAUUUUUAUUGAUUGACUGAACAGCUGAUCAAGGCAAACAUUCAUCCAAAGAAAAGGAAGACAAGUUUGUGUGAAUUGAGACUGGGGUUAGGAUAUGUUAGAACUAGGGUAAGGGAUCCAGGAACAGAGUGAAGGUAGUAUGCAAUAGCGAGGUCUUACCUGAGCACAUAACUCCUUUCUGAACAAAUCCACCUGUGGGGAUAGAAGAGAGUUGUCACGUAAGACUAACAGGCUGAGACCUAAGGAAAAACUCACAUCUUGGGACUGUGGACCCAGAUUCUAGUGAGACUGCCUCUAAAGGUAUGGAACAGUUCCCAGUGGGGCUGAGUUCAGGUGAAACGUGGGAACGCAUCUCAGGGAGGCGUAGAUGGGUGGGAGGUAUGGAACAGAAAUCUCUGUGGGACUGGGUUCAGGGGAGAUAUGGGAACUGAUCCCAGUGGGGCUUCCUCCGUGGGAGGUGUGGGAACAGAUUCCAGUGGAGCAAGAUUCUGAGAGAUAAUGGGUGUGCAGGUUUUGCCUGCUUGUCACAUGCACCAGCCAGGUGCUCUGAACCAUCACCCAUCCUUUCCUCCUCUCUCUGCUUCACCUCACCCCAUCAGACCAAAGCCGUUUCACCACUCCCUUCCCUAUGGCCAAAGUCCAACCCUUCCCCCCACCCCAAACACCUGCCUAGUUUUCCUUUUAUAGGUCUCACUGGGGGUGCUCUAGACCCUGCAAGGCUGCUGAUCCUCACUUCAGGCUGGAGAUUUGGGGGGAAGAGUACUUUGGCUCCCCAGACAACUGCUUGAGUCCCAAGUACUCUCAACCCAUUCUAGUUGAGAGGCCUACGAGAGGAGGAUGGGGGGAGGGGAAUGGGCAAGGGGAAGCAAGGGGAGAAUGAUGGCAUAAAACUGGGUAGAGCUUCCCUCAGGACCACCCCUCCCCUCCACCCUACUCCCCAUGAUCUCACCCCUCCCCCCUGCCGUGCUCACCUUGGCUUGGGCUUCGGGUCGGACACUGAAGGUGGCCAUGGCAGGGGGGUUAAGGGGCCAGACCGAGCAGUGAGACAGGAGCAAGGGGGAAGGGAAAGUGAAAGCAGCUUUGCCUGUAGGGACCUCCCUGGGAGGGAGGAACUGAGCCGGAGGCGGGAUCAGGGUUAGAAGAGGGGAGGGGAAAUGACAGGGCCCGAUAGAGAUGAGUCAGGGCACCAGAGUACGGUCCCAGGGAGUAGGGACAGAAAGCCCUCUUCCAAACUCCGUACGUUUGUUUUGUCAGACUUUGUCUUCAAGUACCUCUUGACCCAAAGGGAUGAGCUCCCUCUCUUCCCAACUCCCCCAGACCACCCUUCACUCCUCACGCCCUUCCACCUUCCAUCUGUGUCUUCCUCUCUGUAGUGUCUAGCCACAGAGUGAAGACGAUAGACAUGUAGGCUCACACGAUUGUACAGGCAAUGUGGGAAGGACAUGUUUUCGUGUGUCUACAUAUGUGUAUAUGCGUGUAUGUCCUCUUGGUGGAAUUGUUCAUGGAGGGUGCUGGGAGUAAAAGACAUCAGUGGAGACCUGAGGAAGAAUGUGAGUAGGGGUGUGGGAUCAUGGGAUGGUAGGCUGUGGCAUCCUUCUUUUCUCGGAGAUGCCUUUUAAGGAACGACAGCAACACGCCCCCCAACUCUGCCCUAGGGUGUGUUAGGGAUCAACUUGGAAUGUAGGAGACAUUUUUCAAGUUCUUCCCAUUCUGUAGUGUUUUAACCUCCAAUGUUCAACUGAGGUACCACCUCAGUAUUCACCUCAAAUAAAGAGAAGAGUCAGCACCUGGA